AUGCAGUCGGCAGUACGUCUGCCUUCACCUGACGCCGCCGACGCUCAGUCGCAUACCUCUGGUCGUAAACGUUCGCCCGAGUCGCGUUCUCCAUCUCCCGAAAGACGCCCUCCCACCUUGCGCACACGAUCCAUCGACCCUGAUACGAAUCGCGACCCUACGCCUCCACGCGAUCGUUCGCGCUCGCCGCUUCCUCACCGUAACGGUCCCCUCCCGCGCGAUGUGGACCGCCAGAGAGCACUGGAGCGCCAAAGGCAGGCCGAAACACGCCGUCGCGAAGAAGUCAAAGAAGACAAGCCUCUGUCAGCCGCUGAGAAGCAGGCCGCCGCGAAAGCUGAAUAUGAGCGUCUGCUCACUAUGCGAUCGGGCGGAACAUACGUGCCCCCAGCCAGGUUGCGCGCUCUGCAGGCUGAGAUCGGCAACGAUCCAUCUUCAAAGGAGUUUCAGCGCAUGGCCUGGGAAGCCCUCAAGAAGUCCAUCAACGGUCUGAUCAACAAGGUCAAUGUAUCAAACAUCAAGUACAUUGUUCCCGAACUGUUCAGCGAGAACCUGAUUCGCGGCCGUGGUCUGUUCUGCCGCAGUAUCAUGAAGGCUCAAGCCGCCAGUUUGCCCUUCACCCCCAUCUACGCCGCUAUGGUCUCCAUUGUCAACACGAAACUCCCUCAGGUCGGCGAACUGCUCGUGAACCGCCUUGUUGUACAAUUCCGCAAAGCCUUCAAGCGUAACGACAAGGCCGUGUGCCUGAGCAGCACCACAUUCCUGGCACACUUGAUCAACCAGCAGGUCGCUCACGAAAUGCUUGCCGCCCAGAUCCUUCUGCUGUUGCUCAACAAGCCCACCGACGACAGUGUCGAGAUCGCUGUUGGUUUGAUGAGAGAGGUUGGUCAGCACGUCGAAGAGUUCAACUCGCAAAUCGCCAUGGCCGUCUACGAUCAAUUCCGCAGCAUUCUGCACGAAGCCGACAUCGACAAGAGAACGCAGUAUAUGGUUGAAGUCCUGUUUCAGGUCAGAAAGGAUCGCUACAAGGACAACCCCUCGGUCAAGGAGGAGCUGGAUCUCGUCGAAGAGGAGGAUCAGAUUACCCACAACACUGGCUUAGAUGACCAAGCUGAGGUCCAGGAUGGUCUCAAUGUCUUCAAAUUCGACGCCGACUGGGAAGCAAAUGAGGAGGCCUACAAGAAGCUGAGGGCCGAAAUUCUGGGAGAGGCUGACGGAAGCGAUGACGAUGAGGACGAUGAUUCGGACGUCAGCAGCAGCGAAGACGAGGACGAGGAAGCGGAAAAACAGGUUGAGAUCAAGGAUCAGUCAAACACUGAUCUUGUCAACUUGCGCCGAACAAUCUACCUUACAAUCAUGUCGUCUGGAGGCUUCGAGGAAUGUACGCACAAGCUGUUACGUAUCAACUUGCCACCCGGACUUGAGCACGAACUUCCUUCCAUGAUCGUCGAAUGUUGCUCUCAGGAGCGCACAUACAACAAAUUCUUCGGCUUGAUUGGUGAGCGUCUCUGCAAAAUCAACCGCAUGUGGAACGAGCUUUUCGAGGCCUCUUUUGUCAAAUACUACGACACAAUCCACCGCCUGGAGACAAAUCGCCUACGCAUUGUAGCCCAAUUCUUCGGUCACCUUCUCUCCACUGAUGCCAUCGGCUGGCAUGUCAUCAGCGCUAUCCACCUGAACGAGGACGAGACGACUUCGUCUUCGCGUAUUUUCAUCAAGAUCCUGAUCGAAGAGCUGGCUCAGAAUAUUGGAAUGAAGAAGCUUUCGGAGAGAAUGAAGGACGACGCUCUACUGCCUGCCUUGGCUGGAAUAUUCCCUGUUGACAACCCUCGCAACACCCGUUUCAGCAUUAACUUCUUCACUGCUAUUGGCAUGGGUGUCUUGACUGAGGGUAUGAGAGAGUACCUCAAGAAUAUGCCCAAGCCAACUUUACCUGCUCUACCCGUCAGAGCUGCUAGCCCAAGCGAGAGUGUUUCCAGC